GAAACGUCCUCAUCUCUCUCACUGUCUCUAGAAUAUGAUAGACAGACAGAGAUGAUGGGUAUAUUUUACUGCUUGGUGGCGAGGGGCAACGUGCUAUUGGCUGAGUCCAGCGCCGCCGCCACGGCCCCCAAUGCAAGCUCUUUAGCCAGGCAAGUCCUUGAGAAGACGAUGCAAGCAGCUAAAGAUAACAGCAAUGCCUCGUACUCCCAUGAUCGCUGCAUUUUUCACGUCAAGAGAACCGAUGGCCUCACCGUUCUUUGCAUGGCUGACGACGCCUUUGGACGGAGACUCCCUUUUGCAUUUCUUGAAGAUAUUCAUCUAAAGUUUGUGAAGACUUACGGUCGUGCUAUUCUUUCUGCUCCUGCCUAUGCCAUGAAUGAGGAAUUCUCAAGGGUCUUGAGCCAACAGAUGGACUAUUACACAAAUGAUCCAAAUGCUGAUAGAUUAAAUCGAUUGAAAGGUGAAAUGAGUCAGGUGCAAAGUGUCAUGAUUGACAAUAUUGAAAAAGUCUUGGACAGGGGAGACCGCUUGGCAUUGCUGGUUGAUAAAACUACUUCAUUUCAAGGGAGUGCAGUUCGCUUCAAUAGGAGUUCCCGUCGUUUCAAGAAUAAUCUAUGGUGGAGAAAUGCCAAGCUCAUGUUUGCUCUGGUAGCUGUUCUCUUGAUCAUCAUUUAUGUUGUGCUUGUAUUUGUUUGUCAUGGUUUCUUGCUGGCGUCCUGCUUCAAGUAAACACAGCAGUUGCAGUCGAGUAAUUUUUGUAUGGCAUAUUUCAUAUUUGUAGAUCUUAUAGCCUAUUCUUUUAAAGCUGCUUUUAUGAUUUAUUUACUCAAAACUAGGGGACGUAAUUUCACAUAUAGUACAGUUGUCCCUUUCUUGUAAAGCUUACAAUUGCUUGUAUAUGUUUUCUGAAUUCCCAGCAUUGCCAACAUAUUGAAGUC